AUGCCGGCUAUUUACAAUUUCAAAAAGAUAACAGUCGUUCCGUCCGCUGCGGAUUUAAAGGAGAUAGUCCUUUCCAAAACACAGAGAAAAACACCAACUGUGGUUCGGCGUCACUUUGCAAUCAGCCGGAUCCGAUCGUUUUAUACACGGAAAAUUAAAUUUUUGCAACAGGUUUUACAUGAUAAAUUGACACAAAUCAUUGAUGAAUUUCCAAAAAUGGAGGAGGUUCAUCCGUUUUAUGCCGAUCUCAUGAACAUUUUAUACGAUAAGGACCACUACAAAAUUGCUUUGGGACAAAUGAAUACGGCUCGUCAUUUGAUCGAUGGUAUUGCACGAGAAUAUGUUCGCCUAAUGAAAUAUGGCGAUUCGUUAUAUCGGUGUAAAAUGUUAAAGCGUGCAGCACUUGGACGAAUGGUAAAGCUAUUAAAGCGACAGAAAUCAAGUUUUGAUUAUUUGGAACAGGUGCGGCAACAUCUUUCUCGUUUGCCAACAAUUGAUCCAAACACAAGGACGUUAAUACUGUGUGGUUUCCCAAAUGUUGGUAAAUCAUCGUUGAUGAAUUUACUGACACGUGCUGACGUUGAAGUACAACCUUAUGCAUUCACCACUAAAGCUCUUUAUGUUGGACAUCUUGAUUAUAAAUAUCUUCGUUGGCAGGUUAUUGAUACACCUGGUAUUUUGGAUCAACCUUUGGAAGAGCGCAAUACAAUUGAGAUGCAAGCAGUUACCGCACUUGCACACUUGCGUGCUGCAGUUUUGUUCAUUAUGGAUAUAAGUGAAACAUGUGAUCAUGCGAUUGAAGAGCAGGUAGCAUUAUUUGAAAGUAUCCGUCCAUUAUUUAUAAACAAACCAGUAUUAAUUGGAUUAAAUAAAGUGGAUAUUGUAAGGCGAGAUGAGCUAAAGCUGGAGAAAAUAAAGCAGCUAAAAAGAUUAGAAGACGAUUCUUUAUCAUUAUUUGAACUUAGCACUGUAACACAAGAGGGAAUCAUGGAUUUAAGAAAUACGGCAUGUGAUUGUCUUUUGACACAACGUGUUGAAAGCAAACUGCAAUCGAGGAAGUUAGCAGUUGAAGAUGGCGUGCUAAGUCGUGUUUUUGUUGCCUAUCCUGUUCCGAGGGAUGACAAAGUGCGCGCACCGCAUAUACCGGAAGCAGUUAUGAAGAAGAAGUUUUUAGGCUGUAAUAAUCUCGAUAACGGGAAAUUUGUAGGAAUACGGAAACUAGAGCGCCAGAUUGAGCUAGAAAUGGAAGACGAAUAUAUACUCGAUUUGAAGAAGCAUUAUUUGCUAAAGAACGACGAAGAAAAAUACGAUAAUGUGCCCGAAAUAUGGGAAGGACAUAAUAUCUCUGAUUUUGUUACAUCAAAUGUCAAAGAUAUGUUAAAAUCAAUCAAGAAAGAGGAAGAAGCGAAAAUUCAAGCUGGGUAUUAUGACGAGGAUUUGGUGUUGGACGAUGAUGAGACAAGAAAAUUGUUUGAAAAUGCCGAAAAAAUUGUGGAAAAAGAAAGUCAGCUGAAAAUGGCCUCACAAGCUAAGAAAAGUAUCACGAAACCACGUUUAAGUCGUUUCGUUGCAAGAAAACGCGAUCGAACUAUGGCAUGUUUGGAAGAACAGUUCCAUGAUCUUGGUGUUGAUAUUAAUCCAUCACAGUUGAAGAACUUAGCUAAGGAACAGCUGAAGGAACCUACUGUCAAAAAAAUACGGGUGGGAAAAAGUCCGAGCUUGGUUGCUAACCGACCACCAAGUCGUGAUGUUCAGGGUAUAAAGAAUGACAAGGUACGAGAAAUGACGAAGAAAGUUGGGCGAAAGAAGCAGAGAAAUCUGAAACACGAAGCAAGAAAGGGUGAAGCUGACAGGCAUAUUUUUGUCAAACGUCCGAAACAUUUGUUUUCUGGCAAGCGUGGACUUGGGAAAACAGAUAGACGCAAGGAUAAUGUGGUUUCGUCAGUGCAGAAAGAAAUCGAUUACAAUGAAAAAGUGGGAAUUUCAAUGACGAGACUUCCGAGAAAACAACAUCGUCCAUGGCGAAAUAAGGUUCGCAAGAAAGCUGCUAAGGAAGCGAAAAGAAAACUGGAGGGAAGAAAUGGUAAUAAACACGCCAUCCCUUCAAGUGAUGCGUUAAUAAUGAAAAAAAAGAGAAAAAGUAGAAUUAGGAAGACUAAUUACCCUAGCAGCCCAAAUGAAAAUGACGCAAUGAGUAGGCAAGAAAUGAAUGGUAGAGAAAAAAUAGAUUCUUCAUUAUUUCGGUAUAUCAACGAGCAAUUAUAUACUAUGAGUGGUGCGGAAGCUAUGGAACUAUUUCGGAAGGACCCACAAGCUUUUGAGUUGUACCACAAAGGAUAUCAGAAACAGGCAAAGAAAUGGCCAUAUAAUCCAGUUCGUAUUAUUAUUCAAUGGAUAAGAUCACUGAAACAUGAUGGUUUAGUGAUUGCUGAUUUGGGCUGUGGAAAUGCAACAAUUGCUGAUGCACUGUCACAUAUAGCUACUGUACAUUCGUUCGACUUGAUUGCUGCAAAUGAUCGCGUUACGGCGUGUGAUAUGUCCAUGGUCCCGUUGUGCAGUAAAUCAGUGGAUAUUGUUGUUUUUUGUCUUUCAUUGAUGGGAACCAAUCUAAACGAAUAUUUGAGGGAAGCGAAUCGGAUUUUGAAGAAAGGUGGUUUUUUGAAAAUAGCCGAAGUUGCGAGUCGAUUUAUAAAUGUGAAACAGUUUGUGCACGCAGUAACAAAAAUGGGAUUUGCGAUUACUGGAAAGAUGAUGAAUGAUGGUGGUUAUUUUGUAAUUUUGGAAUUUAUUAAAACUGGUAAAGUGGUACAGAAACGACCUACCGGAUUGAAACUGAAGGCUUGCUUGUAUAAAAAGCGAUAA